AUGGCAUUCGAAACCCUCCACUACAUGAAGAAUCACCAAAAAGGGAAGUCGGGCUUUAUGGCUCUCAAGUUGGAUAUGAGCAAGGCCUACGACCGCGUGGAAUGGGUUUUUCUUGAGGGAAUGAUGAAGCAGAUGGGCUUUGAUAUAAGGUGGAUAGCCCUUAUUAUGGAAUGUAUCACUACGGUCAGCUACUCCAUUCUAGUCAAUGGCGAUCCUUCAGAAAGUUUUCUUCCCUCUCGUGGGCUUAGGCAGGGAGACCCUCUGUCUCCUUACCUAUUUCUUAUAUGCUCAGAAAGGCUUCACGGACUAUUGAAUAAAGAGGCGGAGGAGGGUCAUAUCCGAGGGGUUUCCAUUUGCAAGAAGGGCCCGAGAUUAACGCAUUUAUUUUUUGCGGACGAUAGCCUGGUUUUCUGCAAGGCCUCUAUCGCUGAAUGCCAGAACAUCCAAUCCGUACUGAAUGUCUAUGAGAAAGCCUCGGGGCAGAAGCUCAACCGGAACAAAACGGGGCUUUUUUUCAGCAAGUCCACCCCUCCACAUAUUCUCAACCAAAUAAAGGAGUUCUUGGGAGUUCAAGAGGUCAAAAACCAUGAGAAAUACCUCGGCCUCCCAUCUUUAGUAGGAAAACACAAAAAAGCAAGCUUGAGGUUCAUUAAAGAGAAGAUUUUAGCUAAGCUCCAAGGCUGGAAGGAGCAAUUGCUAUCCCAAGCGGGUCGUGAAAUUCUCCUAAAGGCUGUCAUACAGGCAAUUCCAACCUUUGCGAUGAGUUGCUUCAAAAUUCCAACUACCCUUUGCGAGGAGAUCGAGUCCCUGAUUAGGAAAUUCUGGUGGGGGCAGCGGGGGAAUCAAAGGAAAAUUCACUGGACUAAAUGGAGUGCUCUCUGUAAGCCAAAAGACCGUGGAGGCAUGGGUUUCAAGGAACUUCAAAAAUUCAACGAAGCCAUGCUUGCUAAACAGGUUUGGCGGCUGCUGGACAACAACGACUCUCUCUUCCACUGGUUUUUUAAAUCCAAGUUCUUCCCCAACGGUUCCAUUCUUAAGGCCAAAGAAGGCAACGGUUCCUUUGCCUGGAAAAGUCUAUUGAAGGGUAGGGAUGUGAUCUCCUCAUACAGCCCUCUUGGUUACGAUGCUAAAGUUUCUAUUUUGAUUGAUCAUGAUAAUUGCUGCUGGCGUGAAGAUGUGAUCGACUCCUCCUUCUCGCCUCAUGAAGCCGCUCUGAUCAAAGCCAUCCCUCUAAGCCUAGAUAACUGUGUGGAUAUGCUAUUUUGGCCUAAGAACUCUAAUGGACUUUACUCUGUCAAAUCUGGGUAUAAAUUGCUUCUGGAGUGUGAAUUGAAUGAUGAGCCAUCUUCCUCUGAUUUGUCGCUAUCUAAAAAAGUUUGGAGAGGCAUUUGGAACCUCAAAAUUCCAAAUAGAGCAAAAAAUCUCCUAUGGAGAGCUGGUUCGGAGACCCUUCCCACCAGAGUCCAUUUUAGGUGGUUAUCUAAGCUUGCCGUGAAUUGCUCUUCUUUCCUGGAUGUCAUCCAGCUAACCCAAGAUCAUAACAACCUCUCGGACCUAUUUGCCAUGAUAGCAGCGCUAAUUUGGGCGCGAAGGAACCAGAUCCGUGUGGGUGACAAGGUUAACUUUGAUGGCGCCACCUUCUCAUCCAAAGCUCUGGCUGGUUUGGGAGCUAUCAUCCGGAACGAACAAGGUCUAGUUAUGGCUGCCUAUACACAUUCUAUUCCCCUGCCUACUUCGGUAGAGACAGUGGAAGUGUUGGCAGCGCGCAGUGCAAUCUGCCUGGCAAAGGAUCUGAAUUUUUCCAAGGUGUCUUUCUGUCACACUCGCAGACAAGGGAAUCGAGUUGCGCAUGGUUUGGCUCGUUUGGCUUGUAAUUUUUCUGAUUAUCAAGUCUGGAUGGAGGAUGUUCCUCCGGACUUAUAUGAUGUAUAUUGUUCUGAUUUUCCUUAA